AUGGGGAUUCCCCAUCUGAUCACUUUUUUGCAGCCUUAUUCGGAGGCAGAAUCAAUAGAAGGCAGACACGUCGUGAUAGAUGGACCAGGGUUUGCCUAUCAUAUUUACCACGCCUGCUUAAGUGCCAGACCCGCAGCCUGGAACCCCUUUGAAGCAGCUCCCUCAUAUGAAGAGCUUGGGAAAGCAUCUAUUGCCUGGCUAGAUGGACUUCGGGACAACGACGUUGAGAUAAAGAAGAUAUAUUUUGACGGCUUUCUGCCUCCCUUGAAGCUUGAUACAAGAAUGGAAAGGCUUAUGAGGCAGACAAAUCAACUGAAUCAAUAUCAUGUCUCAAAUGCAACGCCAUGCCGAGCCUCAUUCCCACCCCUCGACAACCCGCCUGGGGGGCCAUUUCACACCGCUUCAGUGAAGUCAAAAUUGUCAGCACUUCCUCCAAGUCCGUUCUUAGUUCCUGCAGUUUUAGAAGCCCUUUUAGACUCAAAUCAGUAUCGGGAGCGCACAGAGGUUGUACCUGGUGAAGCUGAUCUGUACUGUGCCAAAUAUUUGAGCCAGCAUGGAGGGGUUGUUCUUACCGGCGAUUCGGAUCUUCUUGUGCAUGACUUAGGCAAUGGAGCAGUCAGUUUCUUCAGAGACAUAACUCCUGAUAAGCGGGCGUUAAGCGUCCAGGUUUACCGACCAACAGCUAUUGUUGAACGACUUGACCUACCGAAAUCUCAUGGCCUUCAUGCCUUUGCAUUUGAAAUUUCAAUGGACAGUCACGGUACAUUUCGCAAACUCCUUGCCGAUGCCCGAUCUCUCAAAACUGCAACUGCAAGCCCUUCCGAGUUCAAGCGCUUCUCGAAGGAAUACCGUCAGCUCCCAGCUCCUCUCGAAGCCAAACACCCCACAAAUUUGUUCCCACUUCUCCGGAGCCUGGACCCACGCAUCUCUGAAUUCGUGUUGCAAUAUCCCUACCUCGCUCGGAUUGCAGGACAGGAUGAGGUUACUGAAGGCUCUCAGACGUUUCACGUCUUUCUCCCCUUUCUUCUUGAUUGUCCUGUACGCACUAACGCUUGGGAGGUAUCAACGGUCAUCAGACAGCUUGCAUACGGGUUGAUCAAUCUCAUUGUACCAGAAAACCAACAAAGACUGACUGUCUCGGAGCAUAGGAAGCAGCAAGAUAAGUCAACAGGGCGGGAACUACAGCUGCCGAACCUGCCACAGAUUCCAGAGGCCUGUACUGCCAUUACUACUUUGUAUUCUCAGCUCCAACAAAACUUCCCUGGAGUCUCUGGAUCUCAGAUCUGGACAGCCAUUGCAAUCCAUCAAGAGAUCGAAUAUUCGUACUCCCGCGCUAAAAUACCGCUUUGCAAACCUGUUGUACAGCAGCUCGCAGAUCUGGAAAAUGAGUAUAACAUGAGAAACAAGAGCAAGAACCUCACGUGGGACAUUGUUCAAUUCUUUGCCCAAAUUCAAGGUUCCUACUACUCCUUUCGAAUUCUCAAACAGAUCAUGUCUUUAGUGGUUUCUCACGGUCCUCCCCAGUCACUUCCAGAGCCGCUGCUUCAUUUGCAUCGGCAGCUCGAGUCCCUCCCGAACUUGCGUGAUCUGCCAGGCCUCGAUAGUGCCCCGUCCAUCAUUGGGAGCCUCGGUAAGAGAGCCAUUUCAACUAUCACUAGCCACUCAUCAAUGGAUGAAGAAGCGACAGCGGAUCCUCAAGAGUCUCGCAGAGCGCGAAAGAAGAAGAGAAAGAGGAAUCAGUCUGCCGCUGGCGCUUCUUCUGGCUGUCAAAAGCCGACCAAUCCGUUCGAGUUAUUGGGAGACGAAUAG